AUGCGCAUGCUAUCGCAAGAAGACGAGAAGGAUGAUACGGCGGAGGUGACAUGGGAGGACCAACAGCGGAUUAAUACUUUCUCCAAGAUCAAUACUCGGCUGCGUGGAAUUGAAGAAAAAAUAACAGAAUUAAAGCAAGAGAAAGAGGCUCUCGAUGAUUUGUCCAUGGAACUCGAGUUAGCAGAUGAUGACCAACCUGUCAUGUACAAAGUUGGAGAGGCGUUCCUUCACUUACCACACGGCCGUGCUAUGAAACGGCUAGAGAAAGAUCAGAAUGAAUUGGACUCGGAGCUGUCCAGGUUCUCAGAGCGGGCAGAGGAGUGCCAAAAGUCGAUGACGGAGCUCAAGGUCAUUUUGUACGCGAAAUUCGGAAAAGCAAUCAACCUGGACGAGUGA